UCGAAGCCGUGUCCUCAUAGAUGCUAGUCGGGUUUGUUAACCACUGAGCCAUGAUGGGAACUCCAUAUUUUAGGUAGAUAUGGUAUAGAUUUUUAAUGGAAAUCAAUACUCCUUUAGUCAUUGACCAUCAAAUGAAUUAUAAUAGAACUCUUAGUCCAUUGCAUUUUUUUUUUUUUUUGGUUUGUUUUUGUUUUUAGCUGUGCCUGCAGCAUGUGGAAGUUCCUGGGCCAGGAAUUAAACCCAAACCAUAGCAGCCAUGCUGGCCACUGCAGUGACAAUGCCAGAUCCUUAACCUGAUGAGCCAUGAGGGAACUCCAAUCCUGGUUUUUUAAAACCAUUCUAAUACUCAUUCUACAAAGACAAACCAACUUAAUUCACUGCACAGGUGAAAUAAAAAUGAUAGGAAUAUGCAUAUAAAAUAACUGAUAUUCUUUUAUUUAAAUAAUACAUGUAGAGUGGAGUCCACCUGGGAGGGAUGGUCAGAAAUGCAUAUUAAUCAAAAACACUCAAGUUCCAGGGGAAAACUUGUGAAGAAUAUUAGAAUAUUGUAAUGAAGAGAACUAAUAGAUGGGAAAGAAUUUGGCAUUGAAUGUAGCCGUAAUUAUGCGUCAUUGGCAAUUUCAGAUUGGGGAGAAACUUUUGCCCAGAGAUAUAUAUUUACAUAAGUAUAUAGUUAAAAUAUAGAUUUAGUUAAUAUGUACUUAUAAACGUGAAUUCAUUUAGAUUAAUUUAUGUAUAUUUAUGCGAAUAUAUAUAUAUGUAUUGAGCUUCCUAUAUAUUUCUACAUACAUAGGUUAAAAUAUAUGUUAAUUUAUAUUGUUAUAUUCUAUUCAUAUAUAUGUUUCAUGUUCAACUUUUAGUCUUCUUUUCCUAUGAUAAGAUUCACAAACGAGUAAUGGAGAACCAAUCGAUGGAAAUAGAGUUCAUUCUCCUAGGUUUGACAGAUGACCCACAAUUACAAAUUGUGAUUUUCCUGUUUCUAUUUGUCAAUUACACAUUGAGCCUCAUGGGAAACGUAAUCAUUAUUCUCCUCACCCUGCUGGAUCCUCGCCUCAAGACACCAAUGUAUUUCUUUCUUCGUAAUUUCUCAUUUUUGGAAAUCAUAUUCACAACAGUAUGUAUUCCCAGAUUCCUGGUCACCAUUGUGACUAAAGAAAAAACCAUUUCAUAUAACAAUUGUGCAGCUCAAUUGUUUUUUAUUCUUUUACUGGGAGUUACAGAGUUUUACCUUCUGGCUGCCAUGUCCUAUGACCGCUAUGUUGCCAUCUGCAAACCGUUGCAUUACCCCAUCCUCAUGAAUAGCAAAGUGUGCUAUCAGCUUGUCUUCAGCUCUUGGGUAACUGGAUUCUUAAUUAUAUUCCCCCCAUUGGUGAUGGGACUCAAGCUGGACUUCUGUGCUUCCAGAGUAAUUGACCACUUUAUGUGCGAAACUUCUCCUAUCCUACAAAUCUCUUGCACAGAUACUCGAGUCCUAGAACUGAUGUCUUUUAUCUUAGCUGUGGUGACACUUGUAGUCACAUUGAUAUUAGUGAUUCUUUCUUACAUUUACAUCAUCAGGAACAUUCUGAAAUUCCCUUCCACACAGCAAAGGACCAAAGCUUUUUCCACCUGUACUUCCCACAUGAUUGUUGUCUCCCUGACAUAUGGUAGUUGUAUCUUUAUGUAUAUGAAACCCUCUGCAAGAGAAAGGGUAACUGUAUCCAAAGGUGUAGCUUUGCUGUACACUUCCGUUGCCCCUUUACUAAAUCCCUUCAUUUACACCCUAAGGAACCAGCAGGUGAAAGAAGUCUUCUGGGAUAUGCUACAAAAGGUGGUGUGUUUUCCCAAAAAACAAUUAUAGAAAGGCCAAAAAUUGUAACCUCACCAUAAAAGCAAACAAAAAAAUAUGUUUCAUGCAUUUCUUCUGAACAUGUUUUUCUGCCUCAUUGCUUAUUUCAUGGAGGAGACUUUCUUGAAGAAUCUUGUAGCUCAGAUCCCCAUGUACAUUUUAAUUUUCCUAAUGACUCCUUUUCACCCUGCUACAAUAACUUACUCACUCAAUCCGUAUUUCAGUUUUUAAAUAACUCCUUAUUGCAUCUCAGUAUCUAGAAACUGUGAUUUGAAUAAAAUAUGCCAUCUAUAAGUAUACCAUGCUGUUAAGUAAUUUGUUAACUAAUUAAAUAUAUAUUUGUUGUGUAUCUAUCUUAUUUCAGACGUUGUGAGGGGCCCAACACUUACUUUAAGAGGCUUGCAUUGCCUAAAUAAAUCAAAAUCAUAACCCCAACAUUGCUAUAUAGUAUAUAAUGAGUGUUGCAGUGAAGGUCAAUAAAAAUAUCCUGGGGCAUAUAGGAUGGCGUCUCAGUGAUUUUGGAGACCAGGGAGACACGUUCAAAGCUUCACCACACAGUCUGGGACGCUGCACAGAAUAUCUAAACUUUUUAUGCCUCAGCUUCUUCACAUGUGAAAUAGGAGAACUAUAUAACCCACACCUUAAAGUUCAAUAAAUAUAUGCUAUUAGAAACAGUUAGCACUCAGUAAAGGAAAAGACGUAUUUUGAACUGUUCAAACACAUGCUGCAACUAAUACUUGAUAUGCUUUUAAGAAGACGUAAUAACAUGGAGGAACCUGUGUGCCAGAAUGGUGAUUUUGGACUCAGAAUUGAUAUAUCAGGAGUUCCCGUCCUGGUGCAGUGGUUAACGAAUCCGACUAGG